AUGGUUCACGCUGUGGUGCUGCUGCAGCAUCAGGGCGAUCCUCGCUUUUGCAGCCUUUCCAGCCCCCAUUUCGUGGUGAGCUUCAGUGGCGCUGUGAACCCUGGUCAUUUUGAAGCUGUGAGUGGCGGAGGCCCGCCACGAAACCUUCUGGGACCCUACCUGGGCCCAAAGGCUGGGGAGAUCAAGAUGCCCUGCCUUUUCCUGUACGACCGUACGGACAAAUGGUACCCCUGCAGCCGUGUUGCCCAGACCAUGGAUCUCUACGCCGAUCGGGUGGCGGUUGAGCACAGCCAGAAACACUCGGUUCCUCGAGCGCAGCUUAGUAGCGAGUCUGUGAGUGCCGCCCAGCGCUUCCUGCUCCGAUUUGCGAGGCAGCGCUAG